AUGGCACCACACGGCGAAUCCGACCCCGCCGCCAUUGGCGGCCAAGCAGCCGAAAAACUCAAAUCCACCGCUCAAGCCGUCAUCAGCGCCAUCCAGCACGAAGACCAAUCCGAGGCCCACCGCCUCUUCCGCUCUCAUCCGGGUCACAACGGUCGCCGUAGGGCAUCCACCAUCUCCAGCGCCGACGCCUCGGCCUUCAAGGCUCAGCUGAGCCACGACGAGAUCGGCGAGCGCUUCCCCGCCAUCCAGCACCCCGGCUCCACCGGUGUCAUCUACGUCACCGAUCGUGCGACGAGCAAUGGCUUCUACUACGGAAAUCCGGAAUGGGCUAACAUGGGUCAAGGCGCGCCUGAGGUGGGCAACAUCGAGGGUGGUACUCCGCGUUCGCUCCAGCUUGAUCUGUCGCAGUUCGGCGAGAGCGUGCACGAGUACGCGCCCAACACGGGCACCAUGGCGCUGCGCAAGGCGGUUGCCAACUACUACAACCAGACGUUUCGACAGAAUCACUCGAAGAAAUUCGAGGCUAGUAACGUGUGUAUCGUUCCCGGUGGUCGUGCGGGUAUGACGCGCUUGGCUGCUGUGAUCGGCAACGUUAACUGCGGAUACCAGCUGCCCGAGUACACGAGCUACGAGAGCAUGCUCAGUGCCUUCAAGAGUCUUGUGCCCAUUCCGACGGUGCUUUCGGAGGAGGAUCGGUACAAGCUCAGCACGGAUGAUCUACGCAAGGAGAUCAAGGGGCGUGGACUCAGCGCCAUGAUCAUGUCCAACCCGCGCAACCCGACGGGCAUGGUGAUCGAGGGCGAAGAGCUCAAGCAGCUCGUGGAGACGUCCAAGGAGCUCGGCUGUACCAUCUUGCUCGACGAGUUCUACUCGUGGUACAUGCACGAGGGCCCUCUGGGUCGCGCCAACUCUGCAGCGGAGCAUAUCGACGACAUCAACGACACACCCAUCGUCAUGAUUGACGGCUUGACCAAAGGGUUCCGCCUGCCCGGCUGGAGGGUGUGCUGGGUCGUCGGACCGAAGGACAUCAUCACGGCUCUCAACCAGUCUGGCUCCUUCCUCGACGGCGGCACCUCGCAUCCGAUGCAGUGCAUGGCGCUCCAGAUGCUCGACAUUGAUCGAUGUAACCAAGACCGCAUCGCGCUCCAAAAGCUCUUCCGCCACAAGCGCCAGCACGUCCUCGCCCGACUCAAGAAGAUGGGCCUCGAAGUCAAAGUCGAACCUCAGGGCACGUUCUACAUCUGGCUGUCCCUCGCCAGUCUCGGAGACUCACCCCUCUCUUCAGGACUGGUCAUGUUCGAGGAGCUUUUGCGUGAGAAAACGAUUGUCGUGCCAGGAAUCGCAUUCGACAUCAACCCGGCACACAGACGCAACAUCGUACAGAGCCCCUGCGAGAAGUUCAUCCGCAUCUCGUACGGUCCCGAGCUCUCGCAAAUCGAUCGUGGUCUUGACGCCCUCGAGCGUGUGAUCGCCAAGGCAGACCCCAAGCACGCCGACUAUGCCAAAGUCGGCAAAGGAUUCGCGCCCACAAAGGCUGCUCACGCGGACGCCCACAGCAAGUGA